AUGAGAAAUAUUCAUCCAAUACAAACAUAUUUUCAUGAUAAUUCUCUUAAAACAAGAACUAUUUGUAAUUUUUGUGAAGCAUCAUAUCCAAUUGAUGCUAAUUUAACAAAUCUCAAAAACCAUUUUUAUAAAUGCCAUACAAAUGAAUAUUAUUUAGCAAUGAAUGAAUAUGAAAAAAAUAAAAAAGAAAUUCAAAAAAAUAAUAUGAAUCAAAUAAAUAAUACCUUUCCAGAAAAAAAUAAAGAUAAUGAAUUAAAUAUUAUAAAAAAUCAUAAACAUGUUCAAAUUCGUGAUAAAACUGAUUAUGAAGUUGAAGAAAUUAUAGAAACUAAUAAUGUACCUAUUAAACAAAAUAAACGAACUAAUAAUGAAAUUCAAAAUAAUAAAAUUAUUAAAAAACAAAAAAUUGAAGAAGAUAUUAUUAAUCAUAUUGAUAAUAUUGAACUAACUAAAGAAAGUCAUAUUAAAAUUGUUAAAGAUACUAUUUUAAUUUCUGGAAAAUGUAAAAUUAUUUUUAAGUAG